AUGACAAUACCUGCCCUGAAAUGGCGUGCUCGCCAGUUAGUGUACCCUGAGCUUCUAGCUGACCUCGAGCCUCCACCCCUCACGCAGGUCUUUAUGACACGCCGAGACAUUCUUCAGACUGCUCACGAGCCGUUUGGGGAUGCCUUUUACUACGGCCCUGAGCGCCUCAGCGUGCGCUUCGCCGACGAUGAGGAGGCCAGGGUUAAGAGCGGCUUUUCCCAGUCGACCUACAAGACCAUCAUGGACCGGCUCGAGAACGACGGCAAAGAGAGGGAGGCCAUGAUGCAGGCGAGACUUGCGCCAGUCUUGGGUAAACGAGUCUUCAUCAAGGACAUCGCACAUUAUUUGCUCCCACCGAACGGCACGCCUGCAAACGUGGCUCCCACCCUCGUCGGUGGUCACAACCUCACAAACGGCUCCGACGUCGACAGCAAUGACGGCCACUCCACCAACGGCGUAGAACACACAAACGGCUUCGUCAAUGGCCCAACAAACGGUGACGCCAACACUAACGGCAACGCUGCCGCUCCCACCCACACAAACGGCUUCGUCAACGGCCCCACAAACGGCAACGGCGAGGAGGACAACCCGACCGUGAUGCCCACCGAGAUGCUGCGCGGCUUCCACUGGACGUUCCUGAUCCGGCACCCGCGGCGGUCGAUCCCGUCGUACUUCCGGUGCACGAUCCCGCCGCUGAGCGAGCUGACGGGUUUCCACGAGUUCAUGCCGUCCGAGGCCGGGUACGACGAGCUGCGGCGGCUGUUCGACUACCUGCUGGACCAGGGCAUCAUCGGGCCGGCCAAGGCGGGCGACGAGGCGCCGCUGGACGAGGCGCUCAACGACGCGAGCAGCGACCGCGAGCGCGCCGGCCAGUGCUCCAUCACCGUCAUCGACGCCGACGACCUGCUCAACAACCCCGAGGCCAUCCUCAAGACCUACUGCAAGGAGGUCGGCAUCGACUACAGCCCCGCCAUGCUGCAGUGGGGCGACGACGACAACCAGCGCUACGCCGCCGAGGCCUUCGAGAAGUGGUACGGCUUCCACCACGACGCCAUCGACAGCACGUGCCUCAGGCCGAGAGCGGGUCAUCAUAAGGUCCCCACCGUUGAGGCUGAGAACGAGGAAUGGCGCAAGAAGUACGGCGACGAUGCUGCUCGUGUAAUCAGGCAGACCGUCGACGCCAACGUUGCCGAUUAUGAGUACCUUAAGUCUUUUGCCAUUAAGGUCUGA